CUCGUGCAACAGUCGAAUAAACAGAACGUUUUUUGCUUUUGAAGCAAUUUUGAAAGCUGCGGCAUGCACAAGCAAAGACCUGGAGGUUCUGGUAAACCGGGACCACAAAAGCACAAGCAGGCCAACAGCCACAAAAAAUCUAUCAACAAGAAGCGCUCCAAAGAGAUAUCGCGUUCAAAACUUGCCGCAACUGAUUCUGAAAUCCAGGAGUUGCGUUCCAAAUACGACGAUAUCGAUGCCAGCACCAUCAAAACCUUUGCACAAUUUCCGCUGUCGCAGAAAACCCAAAAGGCAUUGGCCGAGUCUAAGUUUAUAACGGCGACAGAAGUGCAGCGCCAGAGCAUUGGACCAGCACUCCAGGGCAAGGAUGUGCUCGGCGCGGCAAUAACUGGUAGCGGCAAAACGUUGGCCUUUCUCAUUCCAGUUCUGGAGCAUUUGUAUAUGAAUAAAUGGUCGCGCUCGGAUGGCGUGGGUGCCAUUAUUAUAUCGCCAACACGUGAACUUGCGUACCAGAUAUUCGAGACGCUGAAGAAGGUGGGCAAACAUCAUGAUUUCUCGGCGGGUCUCAUCAUUGGUGGCAAGAAUUUGAAGUUUGAGCGGACUCGCAUGGAUCAGUGCAAUAUUUUGAUAUGCACGCCGGGUCGGCUGCUGCAGCACAUGGACGAGAAUCCGUUGUUCAACACGAGCACCAUGGAGAUGCUGGUGUUGGAUGAGGCGGAUCGCUGUCUGGACAUGGGCUUCCAAAAGACGCUAAAUGCGAUCAUUGAAAACUUUCCGCCAGAUCGUCAAACGUUGCUCUUUUCGGCAACGCAAACGAAUACGCUUGAGGAUCUGGCACGUCUCAAUCUGCAGCAGCCCGUCUAUGUAGGCUAUGGGACAGCUAAUUCAACGACUACGCCAGCAAGUAAUGCGGCCGUGCUGGCUCUGCCCGAGCUAUUGCAACAGAGCUAUGUGGUCCUGCCGCUGGAGGAGAAGAUAACCAUGCUCUGGUCGUUUAUCAAGAAUCAUUUGAAACAAAAGAUCAUUGUGUUUGUCGCCAGCUGCAAACAGGCCAAAUAUCUGUACGAGAUCUUCUGCAAACUGCGUCCAGGCGUCGGCCUGCUCGCCCUUUACGGAACACUGCAUCAGGAUAAACGGAUUGCCAUAUACGAGGAAUUUCUGCGCAAGAGCCAGGUUGUCAUGUUUGCCACAGAUGUGGCUUCACGCGGUCUGGACUUUCCCGCUGUCAACUGGGUGCUGCAGCUCGACUGUCCCGAGGAUGUAUCGCAGUAUAUUCAUAGAGCUGGUCGAUCGGCACGCAACAAAUCGCACGGCGAGUGCCUUCUGGUCAUGACGCCCAACGAGGAGGAGCACAUGAUUGGCGCAUUGCGCGAACAGCUGAACGUGGAGAUAAAAUCGGUGCACAUUGAUCCCAAGAAGUUGUUCUCACCGCGCGUCAAAAUUGAAGCGUUCCUUGCCCAGUUCCCGGAGCUGCGUGCCUCGGCACAGCGUGCUUUUCUGGCGUACCUCAAGUCGGUCUUCCUGAUGCGCAACAAGCGGCUCUUCAAUGUGCUCAGCCUCGAUUUGGAUGCCUAUGCGCAAUCGCUGGGCCUGGCGGUCACGCCGCGUGUGCCCUUUAUCGAGAAGCUCAAGUGGCGACAGAAGCAGCAAGAGAAGAAAGAUGACCUGCCGGCUCAGCAGACAACAACCAGCUUUGGCGGCGCAUCUGAUCACAGUGACGUUGAGGACGAUGAUUUCAUCAAUAUCAAGCGACGGGAUCAUGAUGUCGAAGGUGCGCCCGUUGACUUGGACCGACUAAGCCCAGCAGCAGCAAGCGAUGAAGAGGAUUCGGAGGAGCUGCUGGUGGUGCCCAAGCGCGAGAAACUGGUUACCAAAGCGGCGCUGGCCAAGAAGGCGCUCAAAAAGAAUCUGCAGAUCAACAACAAGCUCAAGUUCGAUGAGGAUGGCCAAACGCUGACCGAUGAGCGCAAUCAGAUGAAGGCGCUGACCGGCAAGACAAAGAAACAAAAGGAUGACGAUGGCGGCAUCAAUCUAAUGCUGUCCAAGGCGCUGCUCAAUGAAGAGGAUCAGUAUGAUAAGCAGCGUUUCCGGGAGCUGGUCAAAAAGCGGCACAAGCUGCAGCGCAUGAUGCUACGCAAAAAGGCAGAAGAGCAGAGCGAUGAGGAGCAGGAGGAGGAAGAUCACAAUGAAGACCAGCAGCCGGAUGAUAUGGAUAGCGACUCGGAGCAGUCAGUGGACUUGUCCUGGCUGCCUGAUCCGGAUAAGCUGUAUAAAAAGCGGGAAAACAAUGAAAUGCCGGAUCAUCAAAAUGACGACAAUGAUGAUGAAGAAGACGAUGACGAUGAUAAUGUUGAUGAUGAUAAUGAUGAGCCUGUACAUAAAAAGUCGAAAAUAACGCAGAGAUUAACGCUGCUGGACUCAGAGGCUAUAGUAACAAAUUUGCUCGCCAGCUAUGAGUAAUUGUGGAGAGAUAUUGUUAUUUUAUCCAAUCGAAAAGAGUUCUAAUCAAUAAAUACAAGAAAUGUAAAUGCUUCACAAAUAUUUGGAAAA